CCCGUCUUCAACUCGACAUUGUCGUAUCCCUCUGGAUUCUUGACCCUCGGACACCUGUACAUCUCACCUGUCACCCAGCAGCAUCAUGGCAUCCACCCAAACAACGACGGCGACAGCGACAGCGCCAACACCAGCGACAUCACGUCCCAACGUCCUCGUCCUCCGUUCAGUCGACGACUCGCUCGAGGCAAAGCUUGCGCAGCGCAAACACAUCAAGGAGCGCUUGGCCGGCGCGUACCGUAUCUUCCAUCGGCUGGGGUACGACGACGGCGUAGCGGGUCACAUUACCGUGCGCGACACGGUGCGGCCAGACGCGUUCUGGGUCAACCCGUACGGCCUAGCCUUCGACCUGAUAACCGCCUCGUCCCUGCUGCUGGUCUCGCACGACGGCGAGGUGCUGGAGGGCGGGUACCCCGGCAACGGGCAGCUGUACAACGCGGCGGGGUUCACCAUCCACGGGGCGAUUCACGCCGCGCGGCCUGAUAUCCACGCCGCGGCGCAUAGCCACUCGCAGUUUGGACGGGCGUUCAGCGCUCUCGGGAGGAAUAUCGAUAUUGCGAACUGGGAGGGCGCGCAGUACGCCGAAACGGUCAAACUCUACGCGUCGUUCGGCGGCAUCGUCCUCGGUGACGAAGAGGGGCAGAACAUCACGCGCGCACUAGGCCCGCAGGGCAAGGGCGUCAUCCUGCAGAACCACGGUAUCCUCACUGCCGCGGGCACGGUCGACGCGGCCGUGCUCUACUUUAUGCGGCUGGAGAAGCUGUGCGAGGCGCAGCUCGAGUCGGACGCGGCCGGCGGCGGCGGGGUGCUCUCUGACGCUGAUGUGCACGCCGUGUUCUCCGAGCUCGGCAGCGAGGAGGAGGCGUAUAGACAGGCACAGGAGAUUUACGAGUGGCUCGAGGCGGAGGAGGGGGACGGGUACAAGGCGUAG